AUGGUGGGCGUGCCAGCUCAGCUCAACUCAAUCCUAUAUUCAUUAUUCAAACAACAACAAAAGAAAAAUAAAGAUAUGACACUAGAAGACACCAUGAAGGUUGAGGUAGAAUCCGAAUGCCCACCGGAGCCACCCGUCGCCGCCGUCGAGAAAGCUAUCGUCCCGGUCGAACCCCAUGUUCAUGAAGAAAAGCCUACCGAUGAUACUAAAGCUCUCGCCAUAAUCGAAAAACCAACGGAAGUGUGUGAGGAGAAACCUAAAGAGGGUUCUAUCAACAGAGAUGAUGUUCUUGCUAAAGUUGCAACAGAGAAGAAGUUAGCUCUUAUUACAGCAUGGGAAGAAAGCGAGAAGUCUAAAGCUGAAAACAAAGCUCAACAGAAGCUAUCUUCCAUCAUUGCAUGGGAAAACAGCAAGAAAGCCGACCUAGAGGCAGAAUUGAAGAAGAUGGAGGAGGAUUUGGAGAAGAAGAAGGCAAAGUAUAUAGAGAAGAUGAAGAACAGAAUAGUUCUUCUCCAUAAAAAAGCAGAAGAAAAGAAAGCGAUUGCAGAAGCCAAAUGCGGAGAAGAUCUUAUUAAAGCCGAAGAGGUUGCAGCCAAGUGUCGAGCUACUGGCGAAACCCCAAAGAAACUGCUGGGAUGGUUUUAAUCACAAAGUGUGCUUUUUUCAGGCAUUUGAUUUUAUUUAUUUGUUAAUGUGUGUUUACUUUACAAUAUUCUUUCUUAUUGUGUAUGAUUUGUUUAAUGAUUCAUUAUUUGGUGUGCAUAUAACAUAUUAGUGUAAUUUGUGUAUAUUAUAGCAAAGUGACAG